AUGCCCUCCUUUGGGAUUUGCCAGUUGUCCUUUCUGAUUAUUUUCUGGAACAGAGCUUCAAGAACCCUUGCCUGGUCUAUUUACUACUCCUGGUUUCUGUCUUUUCAGGUUUCUCCAUCGCCAGCGGCUACAGAACCAACAAAACCCCGUCCUAAAAAAGCCCCAGAACUGCCAAUCCUAGAGAGGAAGAACUGGUUGAUUUAUCUGCUCUAUGUCCGCAGAGACUACGAGGAGUGUAAGGCUGUCAUCAAAGAGCAGCUCCAGGAGUCCCAAGGGCUCUGUGAAUAUGCUGUCUAUGUCCAAGCUUUGAUAUUUCGCUUGGAGGGGAGAAUUCAAGAAUCUCUUGAACUUUUCCAGACAUGUUCCAUUCUGAACCCUCGAAGCGCUGACAACCUCAAGCAGGUGGCACGAUCCCUGUUUCUCCUGGGGAAGCAUAAGGCAGCCAUUGAAGUGUACAAUGAAGCAGCAAAACUCGAUGAGAAGGACUGGGAGAUCAGCCACAACCUGGGUGUGUGCUACAUGUACCUGAAACACUUCAACAAGGCACGAGACCAGCUCAACCAUGCCCUGGAGCUCAACAGACACGACCUGACCUACAUGAUGCUGGGCAAAAUUCACCUCUUGGAGGGGGAGAUGGAUAAAGCCAUUGAAGUAUAUAAGAAAGCUGUAGAGUUUUCUCCAGAAAACACAGAUCUCCUCACAGCCCUGGGCCUGCUGUACCUGCAGGCUGGGGAGUACCAGAAGGCUUUUGAACACCUUGGAAAUGUGCUUACCUACGACCCAGGCAACUACAAGGCCACCCUGGCUGCUGGCAGCAUGAUGCAGGCCCACGGGGAUUUCGAUGUCGCCCUCUCCAAGUACAAGGUGGUGGCCAGCAGUGUUCCUGAGAGCCCCCCACUCUGGAACAACAUUGGCAUGUGCUUCUUUGGCAAGAAGAAAUACGUGGCAGCUGUCAGCUGCCUGAAGAGGGCAAACUACCUGGCUCCCUUUGACUGGAAGAUCCUGUACAACCUGGGCUUGGUGCACCUCACAAUGCAGCAAUAUGCCUCAGCCUUCCACUUCCUCAGUGCUGCCAUCAACUUCCAGCCCAAGAUGGCAGAGCUCUACAUGCUCCUGGCAGUUGCUCUGACCAACCUUGAAGACAUUGAGAAUGCCAAAUGUUCCUAUGAGCAGGCUGUGGCCUUGGACAAGUGCAACCCCCUCAUCAACCUGAACUACGCUGUCCUGCUCUACAACCAGGGCGACAAGGAGGGGGCCCUGAGCCAGUUCCAGGAGAUGGAGAGGAAGGUCACCGUGGCCAGGGAGAGCAGCACACCUGACUUCGACCCUGAGAUGGUGGAGAUGGCCCAGAAGAUGGGAGCUGCCCUGCAGGUUGGGGAGAGCCUGGUGUGGACCAAGCCUUCUAAAGAGUCCAAAUCCAAGCAGAAAGCUGCUGGGUCAGGCAAGUCCAGCUCUCAGCAGCCUUUGGGCUCCAACCAGGCCCUGGGUCAAGCCAUGUCCUCUGCUGCAGGGUAUGGGAAAACCAUGCAGCUCCCCCCAGGUGCUGCAACACCAGCUCUGCCAAAGAAGCCUCCCUCCCUGCCUCUGGAGCCAGAACAGGAGCAGCACUCAGAAACGAGCCCUGAGGAGAACCCAGCUCCCACAGGGGACGAGGAGCAGGGCAAGGAGAAGCACCAGAGCCAGGAGGCAGCAGAGUAGGGCAGCUCUGGGCAGCACAGGCAGUGCAGGAGCCUCUCCAGGGCUGCCUGGGACUGGGGAAAGGGCCCUGCCCCACCCUGCCCCAUGGUGGCUUCUCCCCACUGCCUGUCAGUCUGGAUGGAGCUGUUUCCUGUCAGUGAUUUCAGCUUGUGGCUCUGCCUUGUUCCAAGGAGUCACUGCAGUGACCAGAGGUGUGUGUAGCUACUCUUAGUGCAGUCACCACUCACCAC